UAAGGAUGCCUAAUUUUUUGAAUGCUCAACCUGGAAAACACUUUAACUAAUAUUAAGAUCUCAGAAAAUUUAGUUCAAAAAACUCACAAGUUAAAUUAUUUUUUUCAUGAUGUUAGGUGCUGUAACAAAACAUGUUUGAGCAAGAGAGGAGGAAAGCAAAACACUUUAUAAGAUAGGAUCAAGACUUAGAAACAUAGCAAAGAGUAAAAACUAGGAAUUUAUGUGAAUCUAUAAAAUUAAAUUCAGGUUUUAAGAAAAUGAAGAAGGGGGAAUGUUUUCAGCUUCAACGGGUAAUAGGAUAUUUCCAUGGAACAAUUUUUUUAUUCAGUAUCAUAAUAGGGGCAGGAAUAUUUAUUUCUCCUAAAGGGGUUCUAAAAUACUCCUUACUCAAUGUGGGGGUCUCCCUAAUCAUUUGGGCUGCUUGUGCCAUGGUAUCUAUGAUGGCGGCUCUUAGCCACGCAGAGCUGGGAACCACCUUCCCUAGAAGUGGAGCCCAGUAUUAUUUUCUCAAAAGAUCUCUUGGACCGUUUAUUGCCUUCUCUUAUCUCUGGAUCAACCUAUUUAGUGUUCCAGCAGGAGUUGCUGCAAGAGGCUUGUUACUGGCAGGGUAUAUUAUCCAGCCUUUCUAUUCAGGUUGUUUUGUUCCUGAGAUGCCAAAGAAAUGUUUAGCUUUAGCCAUUUUAUGGUGUUUGGGAAUUCUAAAUACUCGAGGAGCGAAAGAGGUGACUUGGUUUCAGACUGUCAGUACAAUUGUGAAAAUGACAGUUCUCUGCUUCAUAUCUCUAACUGGAAUCAUAUUAUUGGUGAGAGGAAGAAAAGAGAAUGUAGCCAGGUUUGAGAAUGCUUUGGAUGCUGACAUUCCAGAUGCCUCACAGGUUGCAGAAGCCUUCCUCCAAGGAUUAUAUGCAUUUUCAGGCUGGGAAAUCCUUGUUCGAAUAGCAGGAGAGCUGAAAAACCCUAGUGAAAAUAUCCCCAAGUGUGUGAUUACUGCACUUACCCUUGUUUCACUGAUCUACUUAUUGGUUAACAUUUCCUACCUAACAGUCCUGACUCCAAAGGAAAUCAUGUCCUCAGAUGCUGUUGCGGUCACUUGGAUGAAUAGAGUCAUCCCUUCCAUGCAAUGGGCCAUUUCAAUUGGUGUUUCUGCCUCAAUAUUUAGCUCCCUUAAUUGUUCUAUAUUUUCAACAUCAAGGAUAUUCUAUGUUGCAAGCCAGGAGGGCCAGCUACCUUUGAUCUUUUCAACUCUCAAUAGCCGUUCUUGCCCAGCUGUAGCUGUGAUUCACAUCCUGAUUUUUGCCUCCAUUUUAAUUGUUCCCUCAGAUUUGAUCCUUUUAAUAAACUAUGUGGGAUUCACAGCCUGGAUUGAACUGGGGCUAAUGAUGAUAGGUUUAUUUAAACUGAGAUUCCAGGAGCCCAACCUACCCAGACCUUAUAAGGUGCGUUUGCCAUUUGCAUUUGGAACCCUGGCCAUGUCUUUGUUCUUGGUUUUGACACCAAUUAUCAAGUCUCCUAAGAUGUACCAUAUCUAUGUUUUUCUUUUUAUCCUCAGUGGACUUUUGUUUUAUUUUCCUUUUGUUCACUUUAAUUUAUAUUCUACAUAUUUCAACAAGAUAACUUCCUUUUUACAAUUAUUAUUGAAUGUUUCACCUGCUGAUAACAUUGAUGAGUAUAUUUUGGCAGAAGGAACAUUACAGAAAAGUCCACCUGAAAUUGCAGCAAAAAAAACUAUAAAUUUUGCAUAUUUGGCAAGUGAUUGAUUUAUUAAAAGCAUCUUUCUUCUUCAACCAGCAAUACUCCAUAUGUAAAUCAUACAUAUGACUACAUACCUAAAACACAACCAUCACAAGAAAUAAUGUCCAGAACUUUCCAAGUUUAACACUUCUUAUUGCUAACUGAAACCCUACUUCCUAAAUAAAGCUUGCUGAACCAAUUCCCCAAGACUGGGCUAGAUGUCCCUCUCAUGUCCCUAUGCAUUCUGGGCUUAUUAUGUCUUAAUUCUUGCUCUUUUUAAAAUUGUCUACUUAGGUAGGUUUUUUUCCCCCUAAAAAUGAUGAAUUCCACUUCAUUCAUCAUGUCCUCAAUCCCUAGGACAAUGUGUGGAUAAGAAUAGACAUUUGACAAAAUAUGCAUGAAUGCAUAAAUGGAUGAGAGGAUACAUGAAUGAAAGAAUGAACAAUAGGUACAAAGUUUCCAUUAGCAGGCAGCACCUCCUUCAUGCUCUGUCUAGGCUUGGGUCCUUGGGAGGACCUGGAAUCUGAAAAAUAUCCAAUUAUUGAUUGAAUGCUAUGUAGAGAUAAGACCAAAAGAAAAGCCUACACUAGUUCUGAUAAAUUGUUCUUUCUCUCUUACACAUUAACUCACUUCUCUGUAGCUGUUCUUAUCAAUAUUAGCCUACUGCAGCCAAAGUAAGUGGCCCUUAGCAUCCUUGACAUUGCUGACCUGACACCACUUCUAAACAUAAUUGGAGAACACUUUCAAUGAAGGCCCUGAACGUAUUAAUAUAGGAUGAAAGUUAAAUACUAUAAAAGUAUCAGAAAACCCAGGCUGAGAGAAACUAUAGGCAAUUGAGGAUAAAAUUGGAUCAAGCAUAUAUACUUGGACUGGUUUAAUACAAGAGUAAUACAUGGAGAUUCUUGUAGUUACCUAGUGAAUUAUUAAUAAAUCAUAGCCCAUCUUUUCCUUUCAAAUGCUUUCUUAAUGGGGUUUGGGGCAAAAUAUAUCAGAUAUGUUCUCACAAACACUGGGGACCGAUGGGCUUGACAUGCUGAGCCCUCUGUCUUGAGGCUUGCCCCUACGAAGCUUGUUACUGCAAAGGAGA